AUGACAGCUUUACCUGGUUAUGGCUCUUCUAAUGGUUUGGAACUGGAUGGAAUGACAACUAUGAAGAUUGUGGACGGAGCACCAAAUGCAAGUCAACUUGUGUUACAGGCAUUGGACUUGGUCGAGGAUGACUGGUGUCUAGGAUCAUUUAUGAAUCUAGAGGCUGGAUCUAGUGCUCAAGUAGUCCUUGGAAGUCCUGCCAUUUGCGGUAUGGUUUGGAAAGAAUUAGGGGAUAAUAUCAUAAUUGUGGCAACCCUUCUUUCUCUUCGAACUCAUGAUGAUGAUGACAUUCAAUUGCAAUAUGAUAUAAAACAUCCACUGGUGUUGACAAGAUACUAUGAUUGUCGCCUAUACAAUCAAAUUAGUAAGUUGUCAGGAAAGGAAAAGAUGAUCAAUCAAUAUUACAUGCAAUCACUUGCUUCUUUCUCUCUCUCUUUUUUUUUUUUAGAUCCUUCCUUUUAUUGUAUGGGGAUUGAUACGGUAUCGCUGUCAGAUGAUAUACACAAGGUAACAUUGACAUAUAUAAGAAUAACAGUGAUGGAGUACUGUUUUUUGGUUGAUUUUAUCUUCAAACAAAACGGUGAUAUAAAACGAUCAAUGGUGCAAAAUGAUAAGUCUAAAAAAAAUAAUAGAUGAAAAAAGGAAAUGAUACUAAUAUAUUUCUUCUUUUAUUUUAUUGAUCUUUUAGAUAUUAUUGUCUAUAUAGUC